UCUCUUGUGGUUGCUUAUUGACAACAGAAAAAUUAGAAGCUCAGUGAAAAGGCCUUCUCAACAUCCUGUUUGUAAGCUGCCUUGAAACAGAGGAUCUCACUGCUCCUCUCUCUAAAACCCAACGGUUUCCAGAGCAUCUCUGUGCAAUGGCUAUGGUGUCUCUGUUGGACUUUGAAGCUUAUGCAGAAAAAUAUUUACCUAAGAUUGCUUGGGAUUUCUUUGCAUCAGGAGCAGAUGAGAAUAGCACCCGAGAUGAAAACAUCCUAGCAUAUAAAAGGAUUCAUUUUCGGCCACGUAUGCUGCGAGAUGUGUCUAUACUGGACACUAGGACGAAAAUCCUGGGGACGGAAAUCAGCUUUCCAGUAGGAAUCGCCCCGACUGGCUUCCACCAACUAGCAUGGCCUGAUGGAGAGAAAAGCACAGCCAGAGCGGCCAAAGCGAUGGGCACCUGUUACAUUGCCAGCACCUACUCUACCUGCUCGCUGGAAGAGAUCACUGCAGCUGCUCCUGGUGGCUUUCGGUGGUUCCAGCUCUACAUCCACCGCAACAGGACAGUCUCUAGGCAAUUGGUCCAACAGGCAGAGGCCUUGGGCUUCCAGGGCCUAGUCCUCACUGUGGAUCUGCCCUACACUGGCAAAAGGCGCAAUGAUGUCCGUAAUGGCUUCCGACUUCCUCCCCACAUGAAACUGAAGAACUUGGAGGGAGCCUUUGAGGGAAAUGACCGAUCUGAGUAUGGACUGCCACCCAACAGCCUGGAUCCUUCGGUCACCUGGGAUGAUAUCUACUGGCUGAGGAGCCUGACUCACCUGCCCAUUGUCAUCAAAGGGAUCUUGACAAAAGAAGAUGCAGAGCUCGCAGUGAGGCAUGGAGUUCAGGGAAUUAUCGUGUCCAACCAUGGCGGAAGGCAACUGGAUGGAGCACCUGCCACUAUAGAUGCUCUGGUUGAAGUUGUGGAGGCAGUACGAGGCAGAGUUGAAGUUUAUUUAGAUGGUGGUAUACGGAAAGGAAGCGACGUAUUGAAAGCACUGGCAUUGGGAGCAAAAUGCGUCUUUAUUGGAAGACCAGCUUUAUGGGGUCUGGCUUACAAGAGCAGGGUGAAGAAGGUCUUCAAGAUGUUCUGAGGAUUCUGCAUGAUGAGUUUCGUUUGUCGAUGGCCUUAGCUGGCUGUGCCAGCAUCUCAGAAAUUGGCCAAGACCUGGUUCAGUUUUCAAAGCUGUAAACAGUCUCCUGCAACACCUGAGCAUAAGAAGCCAAUGGCUGAAGUUCCACAAUAGACUGAAGAAAGAGAAAGAAGUGAAAAUGUUGAGUAUAUAACAUGACUGAGAAGGACUUCAGGAAACUCCUGAGGCUGUUGGGAAAGGCUCUCUGCAUUAGCAGCAAUCACUACUUGAUUUUUUGAGACCAGUGACUUCUUUAACACUUCAGAUAGAUUAUACCUGCUUAAAUACAUAUAAUUUAAAGUGACUAAUUCCUGACAUUUUCUGUGUUGGGCUUUACUCCCAAAAAUCAGUUCUUUCUGGCAGCCAGAUUACAGUCUGACUGCAGCUCAAGCUACAUGCUUCUCUACUCCAGGCAGUACUGUGGCUGUAUCCUCCAUAGCCUGGGCUUUCCUGGAUGAAUUCAUAGCAGGUACGGAAACUAGAUAAAUCAGAUAACAGACACCAUAUCUCCCCUUUAAUGUGGAGUAGAUAUUGUCUUCUUCAGAAUGUAGAGAAACACAUCAAAGCAAUGGGCUCUGCUCCCUGCAGAGCACAUCUCCUCCUGAAGAUGGUUAAUACGGUCUGUACGCUCAUCAGAACAGUAGUCUGGAUGCAUAAAUGUACCAAAUAAAUGGAUCAGAUGCUCCUGGCUUCCUGGUCUUUUUGCCUAUGGAUGAGUUAUUGCAGAUAGGUAGGAGCUGCUGGUACCACCUCAGCAGUACACAUUUUUCAGUCCCAGACCUGCUGCCAUGCAAGAAGCAUACACCUCUGAGGAGCAGAAAUGCAUGUUCAUUGGUUCCCUGUCACUGAGAGUUCCCUGUCCCUUCCCAUGAGGAAGCACAUCCUUGCCUGUGCCACCCCCUGGUCAUCAAUGGUGGUGAUGUCCUCUUUCACAUGGAUAUUUCUUUUUCAGUCUCAUUCCUUAGAACACAAUCUUCAGUGACACCACUGAGUCUUUCCUUUCCCUUUCUUCUUUAUUCCAUCUCCUCUCAUCAUCUCACUGCCCCUGUCAAUCCCCCCUCUCCAUUAUUUUGAUUAUAUUUCUUCAGAAAUAUUUCAGUCCUCACCUAGGCUACUAUUUUUAUACAUCACCAGAUAACACAAGCCCCCAGUGUCACACAGCUUUGCAGAUCUCUGAAAAGUGGCCACAACCUCCUCUCUCCAAACUCCUAAAAUUGGCUGCUAUCUCCUGCCAAUGUCUGACUCCAUGCUUCCAGUCUGUUUUUGCUAUCUCAAUCACACAUUCCCACCAGGCUCUUAUAAAGUGGUUUGCAUGUUUCAUUUCCAUACAUAGCAGUGGCACUUAUUUUUGUGCUAUUUGUAAUUAGCUUUAGCCUCUGGAGUACCAAGAAGGUGGUUUUCAGCAAUUUUCUUUCCCAAAUACUUCAGCUAUGACAUACUGCCACUAAAGUUGUGUUUGAGGUCAUCUGCCUAGGAGGAGCUCAACAAUUAUUAAUCUUUGUGUAAUGCUGUCCAAGUAUAGCCAUAAACAGAAUUCAUCUAAAACAGCUGAAAUUGCUGCAUAGUCUUUUGGUCUUUCUUAUAAAUAUGUUGUGAUGUUGUGUAAAUCAAUGGGGAAUCAGUCCAGUUUAACUGGAAACAAGCUUAAUCUCUGUAAAGACUUCAGCUGAUUUAACUACUCAGGCUUAAUCAAGUCUUUUAAAUAAGCCCAGGUAAACUACCUAUGAAAACUGAUAAUGUGUUUCAUCUUUAAAAAUGCAAUAAAAAUAUCUGCUAAGA